AUGAGUUCGAGUCCGGUGCCAUCUACGACGGGGAGUGGCUGGAGGGCAACCGCCAUGGCGUUGGGAAGCAGAUCUGGCCGGAUGGCACGGAGUAUUUGGGCCAAUGGCGCAUGGGCCGCGCGCAUGGCUUGGGGCACAUCAAGCACAGCGAUGGCGACUCCUACAGCGGACGGCGCCGCCUGCUACGAGGGCCAGUUCCGCUGCGACCACCGGGACGGCCUGGGAGUGGAGACCUGGACCGAUGGCUCCUGUUCCCCGGUCUUACGCAUCCAUGCGGAGCCGGACCGGCGGGAGGAGUUGCACGUCCUUUGGAACAAUCUGGCUCCACCGGCCCUGAACCUCUCCGACGCCAGCGCCAUCCGAGAGUAUUGCGACCAGAUGCUCGUAAAGAGCACCAUGCGGAGUGUAGCUGACAGGAAGCUAGACCACUUUGAUGAGAAGGUGAAGAACACCUGGUGUCAACGCUUCUUGGUGAAUGCCACCUACCACAAGGAGGGCGGUCCCGUCUUCAUCUGCAUCGAUGGAGAGGAUUAUCCUUGGCUCAGUGGGGGGGCGCUGGCACCCAAAUUCGACGCCAUGAUGAUGGCCCUGGAGCAUCGCUACUACGGCGGUGCUGCCUUCGAUGGCGUGCAGAAUUUUAGCACGGCCAAUCUCAAGUGGCAUUCCAGCCGCCAGGCUUUAGCUGACUUGGCCCAGUUUCACGACCACAUGACCAAAUCCUUGGGAAAGGUGCCCUGGGUGGUCUUUGGCGGCUCCUACCCGGGCUCGUUGUCCGCCUGGGCACGGAAGCUCUACCCCGGCAAGUUUGCUGCUUCGGUGGCCUCCUCCGCGCCCCUCUUGGCACAGGCGAACUUUGUGGGCUACAACGACGUGGUGGCCUCGGCGUUAACCGCGCCCAGCGUGGGUGGCACGCCUGAGUGCCUGGCCACCUACAGCAAGGGCCACGCGGAGGCUGCCGAGAUGAUGAAGACGCCCAUGGGGCGGCGUGCCUUGGAGAAGAUGUUCAACUUGUGUGGCUACAACCCCUUGGAUAACAGCGACAAUAUCGCCUACUGGGCCGGUACUGAUGGCAUCGUUUCCACGGUGCCACAGUACAACAAGGCCACCUGUGAGUAUACCUACUGCAAUGUGAAGCUCUUCUGCGGGAACUUGUCGAUGAUGAGCAAGAGCACGGCCAGUAACAUUGAAACCCUGCAGUUGAUGUCGGAGUUUCAGCGAGCGGAAUCCAUCGCACGGGGGCGAAAGGUCCCCAACUGCACGGAUGCCUCCUACAAGGCGUACGUGGAGAGCAUGACGUUGGAAAAGAAGGUCCCCGGCACCGACCCCAAGGCGGGCGACCAGUUCGGGCGGCUCUGGACCUAUCAGACCUGUACGGAGUUCGGCUGGUACCAGACCUGCGAGGAGGGCACCAACUGCCCGUAUACCAAGGGCUACAACACCAUUCAGUGCCUUGGACGUCAUUUGAUCCACGCACCUGAGGAAGAUGACCUGCCUGGUGACCAUGACCUGCCUGGUGGAUGGUGUUGGAUGGUGUGGGGUGGAAAGGGUGAGGUGGCUUUUGAGCAUGGGGAAAUGCCCCUAGGCUUCUGGGUGAGAGUGAGGGUGGAAUACAGAGUGAAGCUUUGUGACAUGGCAUCAUGA